AUGACGGAGGCCCGUGCUGCGCCUGCGCGAGGCGACUACGGAGAGCCGCACCAGAGCUCACCUGUUUCCGAUGGUAAGCUGAGGCGGCCGAACCGCGAUGCGUCUGCGCCGGUGGAAGUCCCAGGUAAUCUCCUUCGACUUCCACUGUGCUGGGAAGGGGUGAAGCAAACCUGUUACUUUUCCCUGAAUGGACAAGACACAGAUUUGCUUGCACAUAGUUUUAUAAGGCUUUCCAAAGAUGAAGCUCCCUGCAUCCCAGUGCUGGACCCAGCACAAAUCAUUUGCCACAACGAUUCUGUGUCACUAUCCUGGAGUAGAACUGCAGGUGCAAUAAGUUAUAUGGCAAAUGUCACCAACCCAGGAGUUGAAAGCCUCUACUGCCAUACAGAGGACACGGGUUGCAGUAUUGAUAAUCUGAAGUGCGGGCAGAUAUACAUUGUGACAGUUACGGCUAUCAAUGCUCAGUGUUCAGGUCCAAUUGCUCAUCCAACUACACUUAUAACUGCUCCUUGUAAAGCAACAAAUCUUAAAAUGGUCUUCGAUUGCAAUAUGGCAUUUGCAGUCAUUGAUUGGGAAGCAGCCCUUGGGGCAAUCACAUAUACAGCUACGAUCACUGCAGAAGAUGGGCAAAGGAGGGAAUGCAGCUCAUUAGGACUCAGCUGUACACUGGAUACAUUACAAUGUGGUCAGAUAUAUAGCUUGACUGUGGAAACGUUUGGCUUAAGUUCUAGCAGCAUAGCCAGCUCUUCAGAAUAUUUUCACACAGCGCCAUGUAUACCACAGAAUGUCACUGCACAUGUUGACUGCCAUGCUAAUGAAGCUGCUCUGACCUGGAACAAAACACCCGGGGCUUCUAAUUACACAGCCAUGGUGGUGGGACCAGAUGGAGAACACACUUGUCACACAACAUCCACUUCUUGUGACAUCACACAUUUGAACUGUGGCCUCACCUACCACCUUACUGUCACAGCAUACAAUGGCCAAUGUCAAGGACAACCCAGUGACCCCACAGAAUUUAUCACAGCCCCAUGUAUACCUGUGAAUGUCCUGAGAGAAAUAAACUGUGAAGCUGGAUCUGUAGCUUUGUCUUGGUCGGCAAUGGCUGAUAUUGAAGGUUUUACAUCAUAUCUCAUGGGUUCUGAUGGUGUCAAUAAAACAUGUAAAACCACAGAAAUGAAUUGUACCUUUCCUGGCCUAACAUGUGGAAAUGAAUAUGAUGGUUUUGUGUAUGCUGUUAACAAACAAUGCGAAGGACCAUUGAGCCAAACUGUAAAGAUCUACUCUGCCCCUUGUGUUCCCUUGGAUGUAAAGACCUCUGUUAAUAGUACAGAAAACUCAGUGCUCUUAUCCUGGAAUUAUUCCCCUGGAGCCCUUACUUAUACAUCGUCACUGAUCAGCUUCCAUGGAGAGAGGCAUAACUGCAGCAGUCAGAAUACAUCAUGUCAGGUAGAAGAGCUGACAUGCGGAGAGGUGUACACCACAGUGGUCACUGCGUACAACAGCAUGUGCAGCAGUGGUGAAAGCACUGCUACUGUUUUCAAAUCAGUCCCAUGUUCUCCAGUAAAUCUGGAAGUCCAUGUUACUUCUGAUCUGUUAGUCCUCUCCUGGGGAGAAGCGCCUGGUGCUGUAAACUAUACCACAGAGGUAACUGGAGUUGAUGGAGAGACCUACACAUGUCAUUCAACAAAUACUUCAUGUGCAAUGACCAAUCUGAUGUGUGGUUGCAAUUACUCUGCGUUAGUGACAGCCAAUGGAGAAGAAUUCAGUAGUACAGUCAAUCAUGCAUAUGAAUUUAAAACAGCUCCCUGUACACUCCAAAAUAUACUCAUACAUGUGGAUUGUGUGGCCAAUUCCGCAACGGUUUCAUGGAAUUCUAGUCUGGGAGCUAAGACUUACACCUCUGUAGCUGUUGGAACAAAUGGAGAAUACCUUAUUUGUAACUCCACGGCUACAUCAUGUCAAUUUACUAACUUAACAUGCGGAAUAUCUUAUGAAGUAAUUGUCAAAGCAAUUAAUGAAAUGAGCGGCAGCAGGCCAAGUCUCCCUGUAGCUUUCACAACAGCUCCCUGUGUUCCAGUGCUGAAACCAUUGCACAUCAACUGUUAUGACAACUCUGUUUCAUUGUCCUGGGACAAAACAUUAGGUGCAGUCAAUUAUACCUCAAGUAUCACCAGUCCAACGGUGGAGACUCUCUCCUGCACCACACUGGACACCGAGUGCACAAUUAGAGACCUGAAGUGUGGACAGAUCUACAGCUAUUACUGCACUGAUAAAUACAUUGUAUGCGUAACACUAGUUAUCAUUACAGUUCCCUGUCAGCCUCAAAAUGUGAUGGCAGAAAUGAAAUGUUAUAAUUCUUCAACACUUCUGAGCUGGAAUGAAGCUCCUGGAGCUCUGAGGUACAUGGCCACUCUAACGGGAUUUGGUGAGGAGCAGCUUGUGUGUAAUAGUACUGGACCAUCCUGUGGAAUCUCUGGAUUACAUUGUGGACAAAGCUACAAUGUGACAGUGACAGCGUUCAACAAUGACUGUCAGAGUAUACCAAGCUCUGAAACUGAGCUUUACACAGGUAACUAG